AUGUCGAAACGAGGACGAGGAGGUACGUCUGGUAACAAGUUCCGGAUGUCGCUGGGUCUUCCCGUGGCGGCGACGGUGAACUGUGCCGAUAACACCGGCGCUAAGAACCUUUACAUCAUUUCGGUGAAAGGAAUCAAGGGUCGUCUCAAUCGAUUACCUUCUGCCUGUGUCGGCGACAUGGUGAUGGCCACCGUCAAAAAGGGUAAACCCGAUCUUCGGAAAAAGGUUCUUCCCGCCGUCAUCGUUAGGCAGCGCAAACCGUGGCGCCGAAAGGAUGGUGUCUUCAUGUACUUCGAAGAUAAUGCUGGAGUCAUCGUCAACCCCAAGGGAGAAAUGAAAGGUUCUGCAAUCACCGGUCCUAUUGGAAAAGAAUGCGCCGAUCUCUGGCCGAGGAUUGCUAGUGCUGCCAAUGCCAUCGUCUAA